UUGUAUUCUAUUUAUUUCUUUCGUUGACCGUGUGUGUCGGGAUUGCGUCGCCGAAAAUCGAAAUAAUAACAUGUCUAAGUACACGCCCGUGACUCAUGUCAUAUUCGACAUGGACGGUUUGCUUUUAGACACAGAAAAGGUAUACUUGUCCAGCAUUACUGAAGUACUGAAAAAUCAUGGCAAGGACUACCCUAAUGACUUGCGAGUCAGAGUAAUGGGAACGAUACCAAUCAAUACUGCUUCGAUCAUAAUAAAAGAACUGGAAAUGGACAUUACUCCCGUUGAUCUUCUUGCUGAAUUCCAUGAAAAUCAGAUUGUCAAAAUGGAAAAUGUUCCGUUUUUACCAGGAGCUGAAAGGUUAAUCAAUCAUUUAUACACCAACAAUGUGCCAAUAGCUGUGGCUACAAGUAGUGGUAAAGAUACUUUUAAAGUGAAAACAGCAAAGCAUCAACAUAUUUUUUCAAAAUUCCAUCACAUUGUACUUGGUAGUGCAGAUUCAGAAGUCAAACAGGGAAAACCAGCUCCAGACAUAUUCCUAGUUUGCGCAUCUCGUUUUGACGAUAAACCUCUACCAGAAAAAUGUUUAGUAUUUGAGGACGCCCCAAAUGGGGUUACGGGUGCAAGGGCUGCUGGCAUGCAAACCGUUAUGGUUCCAGAUAAAAUAAUUCCUACGGAAAUGACUUCUCAUGCUACUCAAGUGAUAUCUUCACUGUUGGACUUUAAGCCUGAAGAUUUUGGACUACCUCCAUUUCAAUGACUGUCAAAAUUGAAAAAUUCAUAAAUCAAAUUGUGUUUAAUAAUAUUAUUAUUUAUUAGUAAACAAUAUAGAAAUAUUAAUAUUAUAUAUUAUUUUAAUUAUUUUAAUUGUUAACUCAUGUUUUUAGUGACUUGUAUUAAACAGCUGUUUGUUAACAAAUCUAGUCUUAUCUCUGUAUUCUGUAACUGAUUAAUAAAUAUUUGAUUAUUUAAUA